AUGUACAGCUACAGGUCCUGCCUCCCCCCUCACCCCCCUCUCCCUCCCCCCUCACCCCCCCUCUCCCUCCCCCCUCACCCCUCUCCCUCACCCCAACACCCCUCCUCACCCUCACACCGCCCCCCCUCACCCUCACACCGCCCCCCUCACCCCCCUCUCCCUCCCCCUCACCCCCCCUCUCCCUCCCCCCUCACCCCAACACCCCUCUCCCUCACCCCAACACCCCCCCUCACCCUCACACCGCCCCCCCUCACCCCCCUCUCCCUCCCCCCCCCUCUCCCUCCCCCCUCACCCCAACACCCCUCUCCCUCACCCCAACACCCCCCCUCACCCUCACACCGCCCCCCUCACCCCGCCCCCCAUCACCCUCACCUCGCCCCCCCUCACCCUCACCCCAACACCCCCCCUCUCCCUCACCCUGACGGCAAACAACACAUCCAUUCAAUAUACCGCCAAAAAAAUACCGUCCCCCCCCCUUUUUUCUGA